GAACGGCUGACUUCAAAGACAGCGCAAGGAGCAGGAGAGCAGGAUGAUGGGUUUGUUCCAUCUCACAAGCUCGGGUCCCUCCACUGGGAUCUUGGAAUACAAAUCCCAUCACUGAUUUAAAAAGCCACGAACCCCUCCGAAAAUCCCCCAGUGGCCGUGAUGGCUGGGGAAAGGGUUGCGGGAGCUGUAAGGUAUAAAAAGCCAUAUUUUUGCAAACUCUUUUGACACUAGAGCUGAAAGCCAAGUCCGGUCCUUCCUGUGCUGCCCCCUAGCUGCUGCUCAUAACCUAAUCCAGCCUGUCUCGGCACCGACACCGUCAGAAUCCUUGGCUCCCGAGGCAACGAGGAUUCUGAAAGAACAAGAGGCAAGCCCGGGCUUGUGACCUGGCCGUGCCACAAACCCCCUUCAAGCGUGACCGGGAAGCUGAGCAGGCACUUGCACCGUUUGUGGACAUGAAUAGGCCCCGGGGAGGACGGGGGUGUCUUGGAAAUGACACAUCAGCUGAUCUGCUCUCCCUAGUCGCCCAGGGAAAAGAAGAAACACGGCAGGCCAAACACAAGCCCGUCCAGUCCAGCUAGUGGUGGCGUCUGGAAAAAGCUCCGUUUCCAAAUUCAACAGCGAUGCCUCUAGACUUGAAAGGGAGUCCCUGACACUCGUGGUGAGCUUGAAACACCACCACCGUCCCCGGGACUGCCACGCACUUGCAUCUGGAAGGAUGUCCCUCGGCGACCCGGUUUGGCCCCAGGGCCAGAGUCUUGCCUCCGACACCUACCUGCCCAGGCUCCUGGAAGGACUCGAGAGCCUGCGCUCACAGAACGUGCUCUGUGACGUGACCCUGGAAGCGGAGCAGGUCUCUUUCCCGGCGCACAAGGCCGUCCUGGCUGCAGCCAGCAGCUACUGCAAGAUGCGCUUCCUCGAGGGCGACGGCGCGGGCCCCGACGCUCCACUCAAGCUGGCUGGCGUCACGGCGCGGGGUCUGCGAAACGUCCUCUCUUUCCUCUACUCCAACCGACUGGAGCUGACCCUCCCAACACUCGAGGAGACCUUCAGGGCGGCCGAGGGGCUGCUCGUUCGGGAGGUGAUGACCCUCUGCUUCCGGUUUCUGGAGGAUGGCUUGAAUCCGCGCAGCUGCCUGGAGAUCCUCCACGUCUCCAGGCGUCUCGGGCCCAAAGAGCUGGUGGAGAAAGCGUUGCGCUGCGUCAGGAGGCACGGCGGCGAAAUCCUGGCAGAUUCGGCCCGGCUGAGAGAGCUAGACGAGGCGACUCUGUGCCAGAUCCUAGAUGGGGCUGAGGUCGGAAAUCUGACGGAGCGGGAGCUGUUCCACGCAGCGGUGUGCUGGCUGCACCACGACAGCACGCGCUUGAAGGACGCAGCUGCUGUCUUGCGACAUAUCCGGUUUCCCCUUAUACCCCUCCGAGAUCUGCAGAAGUUUGUCCAGAACGUGUCUCUCAUGAAGACGGACCCUGCUUGCCGGCGGUACCUUCUAGAGGCCUUGGAUUAUCACUCCCAGCCGUACGCACAGCCGGUACUCCAAAGCGAGAGGACGCAGGUCCGUGCCGGCGCAGAUUCCUUGCUCAUCCUUGGCGGCAGGUCCGCGGACAACGCCCUCCGUGACGACGUCUGGGCAGCCGAUCCGAGUGGCCGUUCGUGGAAGAGGAUUGGGAAACUCCACGGGCCGGUGUACAACCACUGCGUGGCUGUGCUCCGAGACUUUAUCUUUGUGCUGGGCGGCCAGGAGAGGUUUGAUCCUACGGGACAGUGCCCUUCCAACAAGGUGUUCCGGUUCGAUCCUCGGCAGAACGCUUGGCUGCAAGUAGCAAGCAUGCAGGGACGACGGACGCGCUUCCACGCGGGGGCGCUGAACGACCGCCUGGUGGCUGUGGGGGGAGGAGCGCUGUUGGGGACCCUCACGGACACAGCGGAGGAGUACCAGCCCAUGGACAACGAAUGGCGGACCCUCCCACCCUUCCCGGCGCCUGUGGCUGACCACGCGGGGGCCAGCCACAAGGGGAUCCUCUACGUGGCAGGGGGUUUCUCAGCCAGCAAGACCACAUGCGAGACAUACAGCUACCUCUCUCGCCUGCGCCGGUGGAUCAAGAACCGGCCGAUGACCUUUGCCCGGUGCGACCACGGGAUGGCAACCGUCGGGGACCGAAUCUUCUGUGUCGGCGGAAGGGCUCUGACAAACGCUGGGGAGUGGGUCCCUGUCAACCAGACCGAGUUCUACUGCCCGGCCACUGAUCAGUGGGCCCUGCUCCACCUCUCAGCCUUUGACCUCUGCCAGUUUGGCCUUGCCGUUCACCAGCUGCAAAUGUACAUCACGGGCGGGGGAGCCCUGCAACGGAGGACGAAAGAGGACGGCGUCUUCAUCUGCGACCCGGGCGAGAAGGUGUGGGAGAAGGCGGGCUCCCUUCCGGUGGCCUUGGCAGACCACGCUUCCUGCUUCGCGCGGCUGCCCUGCUGGAUCACGGGCGAACGGCAGGAGGAGAGGGAAGAGGCUUCAGUCACCAUCAAGAAGACGUCCACCCUCAACCUCUUCAUCACCAGCACGCACGUUCCCUCAGGAGGGAGGGAGGCUUCAAGCGCCAGCCAAGGCAUCUGAUGGGGAAAUCGAGAGCGGCCAGUUAAAGGAGAGGAUGGCUGCCUGAAAAGAAAAUCUUGUUGCUAUCCACAACUCCGAAGGAAAACCAGCGGCAAGUGGGGGAAACGUGGGAUUUCUGGCAUCCAAGAGGCAACAGAGCCAACCAAAACAUCCACUUACCAACGUGACGUCCUUGAAGAAUUGGUUGGACUCUCCGA